GAUCAACCUCACGUCACAAUCACAUCCAUAUUUGGGCUUCUCACCGGAUUCAGUGGUAGAAGUGGGGAGACCGCCAUUCCAGACAAGGUGACGGCAGGUGUCUAUCACUCAAGGGCCCACCAUGUUCCAACGCCUCCGCACCAUCUUCCAGUCGCCCACACUUCAAAACACCGGCAGUCUAGCGCGCGAUCUCCUCGCCUCCGAACGCACCUUCCUUGCCUGGACACGCACAGGACUGGGCUUCAUCGCACUGGGCGUGGCGCUCGAGAAAGUGGAGGCCUUCGCCGCUCUGUCACCCACUUUACUCCACCUCGAAAACUCCCGCACAAAGCUCGCCGCGGGCAUCCUAGUAUCUAGCGGGAGUCUGUGUGUGGCACACGGCACGCAGCGGUAUUUCAGUACUAUGCGCGAGCUGCAGCGGGGCGUCUUCCGGCCGAACGUGGUUGGGAUCCAGCUGGUGGCCGCAACGAGUAUUGCCAUUGCCGUUGCGGGCACGUUCAUGGUGUGGGAGAACGGCGAGGAGCAGAGGAGGAAGAGGGAGGCGGGUGAGAGGCGCGGUAGCGUGAAGGGAUGAUUCCAGUGUCGCAUGCUGAUAUGCUGGACCCCGAUGUCGACGCCCUCUGCUUGUCCUUGCCCCGACUUGUUGGGCCUGGAGCUCUUUUGCUUGUGGACGACCUUCGUUUAGAUCGAAAACGCCAUCGAAAUGGUCGGCAUUCAUCUCCAAGGCGUCGACCAUAAGUACCUGAUCGCGGGGUCGUUGCGGCGAUGAAAGAUCUAUGAGGCACGGGUUGACUCCGAGGCAUUACCGGAUUCAUCAGCGUUACGAAGCACGAGUACGACGAAUAACUCGUCAAAUACACUAUAACCUUAUUAUAUAUUUGUUCCAACUGAAACUAAAGGCCGUGGCGUAACGAUGGUCGUCGAGCUGAUGGUGGGGCAGGGCUGCACGAGAGCAAAGCCAUUGAAUUUAAAUCCAGUCUGACGUCGUUUGAGC